CUGCUUUAUAUCUGGAAUCUGAACAUCUAAAAUGUCUGCAUGAGUCUUUCACUGUCUGACCAUUAAUAACAGCUGGUUACAGCUAUGUUGUAGUAUUUAGAUCAGCUGAUCUGCUCUGCAGCAGCUAAGACUCUGGUUCACUCUAAAUGAACUGAAUGAAUCAGUGAAUGAAUAAAUGAUUGGUGAAAAGCUUUAAAGUGCCUUUACUGAAAGGUGGAUUUGCUUGUUGUCACAGCAGAGUUAUGGCUGGUUUACAUCAGUCUGAGUUUGGUUCUGAGCCAUCAUCAUGCAAAUCAGUUCAUGACAGUUCAUUUAGGCAAAUCAUUAACUGCACCUCUCAGAGUGUAACUGUGACCAUCUGGAGACAAAGACAGAGAGAUGAUCAGACUUGUUUUUCAGUUUUCUGAGCUGUGAGAUGUUUCACCUGAUCGAUGGAGCGUGAACUAUGGUUCAGAGUUCUGAUUUUUCACACUGUGACCAUCCUCAUCAUGCUUUACUCCUCAGCAGGAAAUUUGGAUCUGACUUGUUCACAUCAGCCAAUCAUAGCUCUGGCUGGUGAUGAUGUCAUUCUACCAUGUCACCUUGAACCUGUCACCAGUGCAGCUUCCUGGACAGUGGAGUGGACCAAACCAGGUCUGGACCCAGAGUUUGUCCAUGUUCACGAAGAUGGACGACUGUUGCAUGAGAUUCAAAAUCCAUCUUAUUAUUAUCGAACGAGACUGUUUGUGGAUGAACUGGAACAUGGAAACGUCUCCAUGAAAAUCUUCAAAGUGAAACUGUCUGAUGAAGGAACAUACAGAUGUUCCCUUCCCGUGGUACAAGAGGAAGUUUUUGUCCAACUCAUUGUUGGUUCUGUCUCCUCACCUGUCGUGAACAUGACCAGCUCCACCCUCGGAGCAGUGGUGUUAGAGUGUAAAUCUAAAGGCUGGUAUCCAGAGCCUGAGGUGUUGUGGCUGGACGGUGAGGGAAACCUCCUCUCUGCUGGACCUACAGAGACAGUCAGAGGUCCUGAUGACCUCUAUACUGUCAGCAGCAGAGUGACUGUGGAGAAGACAGACGACAACAUCUUCACCUGUAGAGUCCAACAGAACAAAACCAACCAGACCAGAGAGACACACAUACAUGUUCCAGAUGAUUCCUUUACGACACCUUCGAGUUCCAGUUCACCUGCUUCCAUCUUCGUUGGUUCAGUUGUUGGCAUCAUAUCUAUUGCUGUAGCUGUCUUUGCUGUGUGGAAAUGGAUACGAAAAAAGAUCAAGACUGAAACAAACCAAGGAGCCAGUGAUGCAUCAGGGAAAAGAGAAAACCAAUCUAACAGCUCUGAAGACCAGCCUCUCACUGAAGGAGGAGAAGAGACGGAGCAGACCAGGACACAAAAUAAGAGUUCACAUGCAGAGUCUGGACCUGGGAGAGAUGAAGAGGAAAGGCAAACUCGGGACUCAGUUUCCAGUAGAGGAAGAAAUAGAAACAGAGCAGCUAAUGGCAGAGGGAAAAGUAAAACAUGAUCCAGGCAAGAAAGACAUAAAAACUUUACAUGAAGAGGAAAAGAAAAGACACGGACAUCCUGUGACACUGACAGGAAAAUGAGUGAGGAAUCAGGAGGAGCAAACACUGACUGAACAGUUUGGAUGUAUUUUAUAGUUUGUUAUUUAUUUAGUUUUGUCCUUUUGUAUUUCUGAUCAUCUGCAGGUCAGACUAUCUUCAGUGUGGCAAAAAGUGCAGGAGUUUUGUGUUUGUACCAGGUUUUGAUUUUGUGUAUUAAAGUUCAGGUGUUUGAUUAGUGUUGUGUUGUGAGGGUGUUGUUACAUACAGGGUUAGAUUCAGGCUCAGGCCUGCUACAGGCUCUGCUAUAAAAUGCUGGUGUCAUUUCUUAAAAAAACAUAUUUUUAAUUGAAUACCUGCUGUGGGUGUUACCAUUCGGGUGGGGCAAGUGGAGGCUAGAAUUAUGUGGUUGGAGGGAAAAGGAUCUGGAGGCAGCUGGAGGACAAGAAAACAUCAAGUUGUCAGGCCUCUGUUGAGAAGUGUCUCUUACAGUGUUUUUGUCUUUGGCUGCAGCUGCAAUGUUUCUUUCUGUGGUUAGACAGUAACUUAGAUCUUCAAUAAUUAAUCACUAGUUCAUUGUAUAUAAAGCUUCACUGACCUCAGAGCAGCAGGGAGAAGUCUUUGUCUGGGGUCUAAACCUGUAAAGGAAGCAGAGGAUCAGUGUGAGAGCUGCUCAGACUUGUUGGUUUUCCCCUGUUUUAAUGCUUCAACCUACUGACAUGCAGGAACGCAUGACCAGCACCUCCCCAACUCAACAGGUUCACACAGCACAGUCUCAGCUCAUUUCAGUUUCCUGUAAAACACAACGUUCAGUUUUCUUUCAGUUUGUACUUUUGUGCUCUCCUCUGAAUUCUGAUCUUUCAGUUGGAAAUUCUCAUAUACAUACAUACACAUGGAGGUUGGAGCGCCCUCUGCUGGUAGGAAGCGAAAGAGCAAAGAGAGAAAAACUGAUGGUUUAUUUUCUGGAGUCACACACACAACACAGUCAGAAAAAAGUCACACACACUUUUGUAGCACUAGUUCCCAGCAGGGGGCAGUGGAGGAUUUGAUAUUUGUGUUCAAACAUCAGUCAGUUCCUGUUCAUAAAAUCUACACAUUCUGAUGCAUUCAUCACAAUCAUCAUCAAUCUACAUCCUGACUGAAAAUCAUUCUAUAGAUCAUUAAAUGUUGUGAGUUAAACACUCAGUGACUGUAAUAUCUAUCUAUCAGUUCAGACAGAUGAACCACAGAGGAUUCAAACCUGCAGCAGCUCUGUUCUUCUAAACAGCAUCAGCAGACGUGUGAACAGAGCAGACAGAACAACAUGUGGUUCAUCUCUUAUAAUAAACUGACUCUGAUCUCAGAGACAGACACUGACUGUUACUCACAGGCAGACAGAAGUUAACAGACUGAAAAAUCCAAGAUACCAUCACCAGUGUCUCUAAUUUAUAUAAAAACAUACUAAAUGAAAUAAGACAACUUUUAUUGUGAACACAAACACAGAGUUAACAGACCAUGUAAAACAUGUAACUGACAGGUUAAGACACCUUUUAACAGUCAACAACCUUUUCUCCAACAGCAGAGUUAUUUAUUUAGGUUACUGCUUUAUUCUCGCUUUAUCAUACAUCUUCACUACACUCCUUCAUUAAAUUCAACAACGUUGGCACCAUAUCACUGUUAAUAACAGCCAGGCCAGUCAGCAACCAGGCCAGUUCAAAUAAAAGAUGCUGUACCUGAGGUUUUAAAACAUAUCAAUGUGGACAAACUGUGACUGCUGUUGUUUAACUUGUUGAAGAGAUGGCAAAAUGUUUACUGUGCAGCUGAUGUGAUUCAAUAUUCAACCAAACACCUAUUAAAAUUAUUUGACAGAUAACAUUCUUGUAAAUAUCUACAAAGCAUUACAGUUUUUACUGAAUGGUAACAAACUCUCAGUUAAUGUUACAACACUGUGAAGUUUAUUUCCCUCCUUCUUCACUCUCUGUGCUCAGUGACCUGUAAGACAUAUUGGAAAUAAAAAGUUAUCCUCUU